AUGGUCCAGGAGGGCUAUCCUACCAGUGGUAACUACAUUCAAGAACUGAAGGACUUACGUGCUUCAAUUACCGAGCUCCAAGCUCUGAAGUUGGUAAUCCAACCUAGCGAUGCCACUACCAUCGUAUCUAAUCCUAUCGCUGCAGUCAAGAAUACCGACGAUCGUCAAGUCCCAUCCCAUGUACCCUAUUUUCAGUGGUCUGGAGCCGUAACCGAUACUACCAAGCCGGUUUUCCCUAGUUUCAAAGCUUGUAUGAAUCGUUUCGAGGAUGUGUUACAUGCCUAUCAAUUGGACCUGAACCAACAUGGACUUCGUUUACUGAUCAUUUGCCUCCCUACUGCCAUGAGAGAUUGGAUGCAAGCGGCCAUCCAGGGUAAGAAGAACCUUCCUUGGGAAGACUAUCGUGAGGCCCUAUCUUUGGAGUAUGGUGUCACCCAGGAUGCUGAACAAGAGGUCAACACCAAUGCUCUCCUCUUGGUACGUAUGGACCCUCAAGAGUCUAUCGAGUCUUUCAUUGAACAUUUUCAACGAUUGCACCGCCUUUCCGGUCUGACAGAUCCUUCGAUCCUCUGUACCAGGUUUAUCUCUGCUCUUCCUAUGAUACUUGCAGACCGUGUCACUCUGGCCUUGGCAACCGCUCCUAGGGACACAAAACGUAAUCUUACGUAUGUGAUGUCACUCACCAGAGACCUUAGCAAUCAAUUUGCUCACCGUGAUGCUGCCAACGAUGACGCCCGUCCUACUCCUAUGCCUUUGGGAAGUGCCGCCUCCAAAUACGCUCACAAUACUCCCAGGACGAACUUGAACCAUGCUGCCCGCCAUCAACGACGUGUUCGUGGACCCUCUUCCUCUGGUGCCAUGUACUGCUCUCAUCAUGGUACUUCUGGCCAUAACACCGCCGAUUGCCGUGCCACCAACAACAACAUGUCUCGUCCUACUCGUAAUUGUUACACCUGUGCCGCUGAGUGGACACCUAGCCAUCGUUGUCCUAAUGCUAGGAGUAGAAACAAUGUCCGUUUUUACUCAGCUCCCACCACAGCUCCCACUACUG